GGUGUUGGGUAGAGUUUGGUUGUAAUGGUUCGGAUGGGGGCACUGAGACCUGCGCAGCGUAGGAGCUUCGAUUCGUACUAGUCCCGGCCGGUGGCUAUAGGAGGGUGGCAGAAGGUGCCUGUACCCUGCAUGGAAGGUGGCAGUGGCCGGAGCUGGCUGCUUUUCCUGCGGAAGUGGAAAACAUGAAACAAGAUUUCUAGACGUCUAGGGAUUUCACCAUGGAAGACUUGGAAGGAAAUCACUUCAAGUCAGUGGAAGAAGAAACCAGCUACUGGAAAGAACUGGCUAUGAAAUAUAAACAAUGUGCAGAAAAUACACAGGAGGAACUGCGUGAGUUCCAAGAAGGGAGCCGAGAAUAUGAAGCAGAAUUGGAGACACAGCUGCAACAAACGGAAUUCAGAAAUCGAGACCUUCUAUCGGAAAACAAUCGCCUUCGAAUGGAACUGGAGUCAAUUAAGGAAAAAAUUGAAAUGCAGCAUUCAGAAGGCUACCAGCAGAUCUCUGCGCUAGAAGAUGACCUGGCACAGACGACAGCUAUUAAAGAUCAACUACAGAAGUACAUUCGAGAACUCGAGCAAGCAAAUGAUGACUUGGAAAGAGCAAAAAGAGCCACUAUAAUGUCUCUGGAGGACUUCGAACAGCGUUUGAACCAGGCCAUUGAAAGAAAUGCUUUUCUGGAGAGUGAGCUAGAUGAGAAAGAGAAUCUCCUGGAAUCAGUGCAGCGAUUGAAAGAUGAAGCCAGAGACUUAAGGCAAGAGCUUGCAGUUCAGCAGAAACAGGAGAAACCCAAAACAUCAAUACGAAGUACAUUGGAGACAGAAAGGACGGACACAGCUGUGCAAGCAACCUUAUCUGUGCCUUCAACUCCUGCAGUUCAUAGGGGACCCAGUGUCAGUAUAAGCACCCCAGGAACAUUUAGAAGAGGUUUUGAGGAUAGUUACAGCGGGACCCCUCUCACACCAGCUGCCAGGAUAUCUGCGCUGAACAUUGUGGGAGACUUACUGCGGAAAGUCGGGGCUCUGGAAUCCAAACUUGCAUCUUGUCGAAACUUUGUGUAUGACCAGUCUCCAAACAGACCCACCAUGUCCUCAUCCAUGUAUCUGAACAAGAGCAGAGAUGGCCUUGAAAAACGAUUGAGCGGUUCCCACAUGCCGUUGAGUGAUAAUGGGUUAGGAAAGCACUUGGAGUUUGGAACACGGCCUUCAAAUAUUCCUGCACCACUGGUACAUUCCCCUCAAGCUCCCACAGGCCUACAGACUUUCUGAAACCUUCAGCAUCCAAGGUGCAGCUGCCACUCCAGAUCUCUGUGCUUAGGAUCAUUCUCAUCUCAGCAGUUUCAAGCCUGACUGUCUCAAUCUCCUUUCUUUCCUCAUGCUGGGUCACCAGCCAUGUGAGCUGCUAAGCCAAACUUGGAAGCAUGUUUGCAGAAAUAGGGUUGGACUGUAAUAAGUGGCUGAGCAGUGAAUUCAGCCAAGCACCAAUACAGUGUUAACUCUUUGAAAUCUCCCUCUGUUGUAGAAUCUCUCAGCCUAAUGGCCCCAGCUGGGUUCUCAUUUAAACUAUUUUAUAAACAGAAUGUGGCUGCUGUCUGAAUUCCUUGGACUCACUGCCACUGGCUGAAAUGGGGCUUCGGGUAACUUAUUUUUAAGUUACUGAUCUGAAUGCAUAUUGACCACCUUGGAAUCUAGAUUGAAGUUAUUUCCUGGCCUCCAGGGCUUGCUGUUUAAGGAUCAUCUGUCCUAAAAUCUAAAGGGUUCAACUGUCUGCGCUCACUUAAUUGUGUCCCACUAACUUGCCUUGCUGUGUGCUCCUGCUGGACUGCUAGCACCCUCUCCAAGCUGCUGGAAGUACCAGUGCAUCUGUGGGUCUUCUGUGGUGCCUGUCCAAUAAUUCCCGGCACGUCCCUGAAUGGGGGGUUGCAGUCCAGCUGGAGCACAGCAGCCAGGGCUAAACCGCUUCAAGCUCCUACCUGAAUGUGCAGAAUUAGCAUGGUAUUGAUCAUCGUAUUAAAUACUGCUUCAAAAUUGCACUAGAGGCACUGAGUAUGACCACUAGUCUCCAAGAAGGAUACCUAAAGGAAAACGUCAACAGUCAUAUGUAGCCUAAAAGAAAAGUUCUCUUGGA